AAGUGCUUCAGUUGAACUGAUCGCUGUCAUUACGCUUAUUACGAAAGUGCUGCCCAGCCAGCAGCCUUUCCAACCCCCGCCUUGAACAAACAGGUCGCAUUUCCCCUCUGCAUGCCAAGCGAGCCCCAGGAGAUGCAGAUGAUGGGAUUUCUCGUAAAGGCCUGCCCACAACUGAUUUCUCGCUGUGGCGCACCAAGCUCCUUUUAUAUUUAUUUAAUGAUUAAAUAAUGGCCAACACUUUAAAAAGCCUCUGAGAAUGGAGUCAUUCACCAGGCUGGAGUCAUUAACAGGGCGGGGGAGAAAGUAUUUGGCUCAAGUAUUUCACUUCUUCUCUGGCUGUUCAAGGGUACUUCUCAACACCCCAUCCCAGUCGUUCUUGGAGCUACCAUUUGUCCAGAGGUGCUUUCUCUGCCAAGCCUCUCAUUGCAGGAUUUCGGAGGCCUGGUGGGGGCAGGGUAGUCAGUCUUUUGCCAAUCUCUCUUGCGUAUGGAGUGGUGGCCAGUCCAAAAUGGGACUGGCCGCCCGUUGUAGUUAGAUUGACUUUAGCGCACUGACACAGUCUGCACAGACAGACAGACCUUCCUCUCCCCACUGAACCUUUUUUUAGGGACAACUCCUCUCAGAGGUGUUGCCUGAGACCAAUCUGACUGCACCAGUUCCAUUCUUCCUCUCUGCAUUGCCGUCCUGCUCUCCACCCAGCACAGACUCCCUAAUUCCUCUGCCUCCUUCUCUCCACAUUUCCCUUCUUCCCCCUUCUCACAUCUGCUCCCUCAGUUCUGUGUCCUGCUUCUUCCUUUACUCUGCUUCCCUCUCGCCUCCUUUUCAUCAAUGGUGAAAUGCACUUGGGUUGCUCACUCCACCUGCCCUCACACCUGGCAUUUGGAGGAGUUGAUUCAUAGCAGGAUCAGCUGGAUAGGUAGUACAGGUGGAAAAGUCAACAGAGGGCCUUUUAAGUAUUGCUCAGAGAACUGACUUUAACCUUAAAAAGCCUGGCCAGCCAUGUCAGAUGACCACCAAAUGAUUGGAGAGAAAAACACUUGCCAACCAGGGACAGGACCAGACUUGAUCCGAGUACCACAACAUCCAUCCCUCAGGAGUUGAAUGCACUGUGGACACGCCCUUGCAUGUUGGAAUCUCAGCGGCAGUUAUCAGGAGACCCUCCCAGCUUGUUAGCAGCAGCUGAAUCUGCCUCAAAGUGCUGAGCUGGGCUGGGCUAUGUUAGUGCAUUUUGGUUGGGUCCCACAUUGCAGUAGUUGCAGGGUCCCACAGCUGCUGUUUCCAUGUAUGCUUACAGACUGUGGUAGUGGCUGAUCAUCUGAUGCCGUAUUGCACAGCACUGAAUUGGCUGGCUGCAGGAAGGCACUCCAGCCAGAAUUUUUUUUUUUUAAUCCAGUAAAACCAACAAAACAUGAAAAUAAUUGUUGCCACACCCAGGAAUUAGUGGUAUAAGCUUGAAUUUCCCCCAUGCUACUCCUCUGAAAGCUAGAAACAAAUAAUAGCUCUCAGUCAACAGCUCGUCAACUGAAAGAGCAUAUUCAUGGAAACCAACGCUGUAGCAGAGCUUCAAAAAAGUUAAUACCAAAAGCUUCUGCUCGAACACCCAAAUUCAUCUUGACCGGCAUACAGCUCACUCACACAGCAUCAGCAUGGCUUGGAGCUGUAAGACGAAGAUUCACCUGGGAGGAAUAUUUCUCUCAUUCUUUGGAUGGGUCUCAUCCUGCGUUGUGACUUUUGUGCCACUCUGGAAGAAUCUCAACCUGGACUUGAAUGAAAUGGAGAUCUGGACCAUGGGGCUUUGGCAAGUCUGCGUAAUGCAAGAGGAAGGCGCUAUGGAGUGUAAAAGCUAUGAGUCUUUCUUGGCUCUGCCAUUGGACCUCAAGGUGUCCAGGAUUUUGAUGUUCCUCUCUAAUGGAUCGGGACUUCUUGGAUUCUUGAUCUCCAGUUGUGGGCUGGACUGUUGCAAGACCUGGGAAGAAAAAACAACUCUAAAGAGACAACUAUCGGUUUGCGGAGGAGUGAUUUUUGGCAUCUCAGGAAUUAUGACCCUCAUUCCAGUUUCCUGGCUUGCCUAUAACACCGUACAUGAAUUCUGGGAUGAAACUGUCCCAGAAAUUGUACCUAGAUGGGAAUUCGGAGAAGCAAUGUUCCUGGGCUGGUUUGCUGGAUUUUUACUUGUAGUAGGCGGGCUGCUCAUCACCUGCUCAGCCUGUUUGAAAGGGACGGAAAUGACAACCAUGCCUUUAGCAGCUUGCCGUGAACCAACCCAGGUGCAAGGACCAUUAGCAAUGCGACACUGGAGCCAACAUUCACAUCCCAAAAAUGCCGACCUGGUAAUCUAAGACUUCCAGCACAGAAUUCUGUACUGCUCCCUAGCUUUUCAGAUUGUGAGAAGUUCCCAUAAUAAUUUACAGGAUGUUUAGCUACUUCUUUGUCCAUAAGAAAUUAUUAAGUCUUGCUAUAUGUUUUGUCUUCUUUGUGUUGGUAAGUUUUAAAGAGCAAAAGCUUUUCCUGAGACACUUGCAAACUAAGUCUGGAACUAUAAAAUCAGUGAGAUGAACACAGAAAACUAAAUAGCACUUCAUAUUUCUAGCAACAUUUUAAAUGCAGUAUGUUACUGAUUAUUUCAUUUGAGCAUCUUUGGAAAUUUCUGAUAGGAUAGUAACAUCUGUACACAAUUCUGAAGGUUAUCGCUCCUUAACUGUCCAUUGUAGGGAGACAAGGUGGGUGAGGAAAUAUCUAUCUAUACACAGGGAUAAAUUCCACCACAUAAAUUAUUCAAUUUGAUGGCAACAUGUUUCUAUGCUCUCAAAAAGUAACUGCAUCUUGAACAGCAGAAGAGGAGAAGAUGGGAAUGCAGGAUUUUAGCUAUAAAGAGCAACGCUGCUGUAUUUUUAUUCAUCUAGCGACAUUUUCUUAUAGAAAGUCAGUUUAUACAAAAAAAUGCAUUUUCCACAUCCAUGAAAGGUGCAAAAUCAGAGGCAUAUAUUUACUAAUCAGUGAAAUCAUAAAAAUAUCAGACCCACAAUUAGAAUGUUAUCCAAUUGAAUUCUUUUUUAGAUCACUUGUGUAUAAUAAUUAGAAUAUAACUGUUCCUCUAAAGAUCUCCUAAAUUUUCAUUUGGCUACCAAAAAAAAACAACAAAAAGUUAGUAUUCACUUACUGUGUUUACUAAUAAAGUUAUAUAUAAGAAACCUGUUAAAUACUCAUUUUAGCCUGAUCAGGAGUAAAUUUGAUGCCACAGUACUAUUUAACAACUCUGUUUUGUUAUUUUUAUGACCUUUGCUUACAAUGUCUGUGACAAUGAGAUCAAAGCAAGGAAGCCCCCAUCCAAACUCAGAGUUUGUUUGGGAAUCAAAGAAGUUCACUUUUGGUUUAAAAAGUUUGGUUUUGCAAUUUGUAGUUCAUUCCAGUAGAGAUACCAAUAUGCAGAGAGCAAGGUUAUUUGCAGAAAUUUUUCUAGCCUGGCUGCACCCAGGACAUUUUAGAAACUUUGCAGACAGGCCAAAAAAUGAACUUUAGGGAGCCCAAGCUUCCUGAACAAUCCACCCUUCGUCAGCCUUUCAAAUCUCCCAAUCGUUACUUGAAACGAUGCACGUAUUUCUUUCAUGAAUGGGAACUUUGCUUGAAUGGAUAAAUCAAGAUGUGGUCUCACAGCCUGAUCUAAGUCCACUGAAGGUCUCCCCAUUUUCGCUACUAGGUUUGGAUCAGGUCCCAAGUACGCACCUAUUAGAUCCUUAAAACUCAUGUUAAAAAGAACUGAAAGGAACCCACCGAAGAUUCGGAACGACCUUCUUCUUCAGCCAGUUCUGCUGCUCCCAGUUGUCUGUUAAGUAUGCGCGAAAAAACGAUUGUUGCUGCUGCUGCCUUCUCCUCCCAACAGCUUCCCCUUUCCCUCCCGCUGCCCCACACCAAGUCCAAAUCCCCUAUUUUGUGGCAACACAGCUGGUUGCUGUGGAAAUUAGUCGAUGACAGACAGUUUAGGAAGUGCAAAGAGCAGCAGACAAGAGUCCUGUUUCUGUAACAAGGAUCAAGAGAUGCAAAACACAGGGGCCAGGAGGGCAACACCGUUGGCUGGGGGAAUGUGCUUUUCAAAGACUGACACAAACUAUUUGCUGCUUUCCAGGGGCCUGACAAACCCCCACAGGCAAAAGAGACUCUCAGAUGUGGGCUGUCACUGUCAUCCGCACCCUGGGGAAAUCAACACAGGGAGUGAGGGUGGAAAAAAGAGAAUUGUGGUGACAGCCCAGAUUUUUUAGCCUCAGUGGGCUCCCUUUAUGCAUUUGUGGCUUUAAAGCCUGAUCCAAUGUCAAUGAAAAGAUUUCAGUAGAAUUCACUGGACACAGGAUUGGGCUCUUCAAGCAGAUUAGUGUUACAGUAAACAACUCCUUCAAUUUCCUAAGAUUUGGUUUUUGCUGUGUGUGGGAUUGGAGGUCUGUUGUUCGUAUAUUUUUGGUAGUAGUUUAAUGGGACAGGGAAAUAUCCCCACGACUGUACAAACAAUGGCACUCUGUGCACAUUAGGAUUUCCCCAUUCGGUCACAGCAAGACUGGCUUUCUACAGGGGUUAUGACUGGCAUGUUCUUGCACAGAGGGGUCUUUAAAAUUACACGCCCUCUACUAAUCUCCGAACAUAGCACAGUGGACAUGAGGGAGUCAAGAGCGGGUCAACAGCAAAUAUUGUUAGCAGGGUCAUGGAGUAAAGACUUGAUAAAAAAUUACCUAUAUGGCAAAACAGAUAGGCACUUCGGGGACAGGGAAGACUAAGAGUUAGGAAUAUCUCAGAGCCCCAUGCACCCCUCCCUCCAACAAGCCAGACCUGAAACUACCAAAAACUGAGGUCUCCUGAGUGUUUUGGUACUAGAUGAUAACAGAGAGUAGGCAGUAAACAAGAGAAUCAUCACCAUCUCACCUUGCAAAAGCAAGCCAUUUAGGACAAUAUGAAACACAAAAAAGGCCACAAAGUUGAAAUAUCAAAGGUCCUUGGCUACACCGUCACCCCUUAAAAAGAUAAUAGUAUGUGACUAUCUCUGCAUAGUGUUAGGGUGGUUUCUUUAAGAGUGUUUUCAGUUCUGACUCUAUGUUAACUGGGGAAAAAGAGGGUGAACCCCAACUCCAAAGUUAAAUAACCAGGUGAGGGUGAAACAGACAAAAGUGAGUCACCCUGUCAUUGACAACAAGUCCUCACCUGUCUGCAUUCAAAAGGAAUUCCACUGAAUUAUUACUAUUUUGCACUCUUAACCCAGCCCCAUAAACAUCUAUAUCUUCAGUUUGCCCAUCGAGUCCCCAUCUGGAAGAUAUGUUACUUGAUUUUAUUUUUACAGCUGUGUUUUGAACUGUUGAAAUAAAUCUGUGUUUUGCUAGGGAAAUGCUAACAGAAGCUUAACUAUAAAAAGGGUAAUGGUUCUGCUAUAAUGCAGAUUUAUGUGAGCAACUGAAUAUGAAACUCAAACAUUUCAGUCCCAGAUGAAUAAACUGUUUGUCUGCAGGAACUUACAGUGUUUCUCCUUCCUUUUUGCUAAUUUAAUCCAAGUGAAUUACUCACUGUUGUGUGCUUGGAAAUGGUUGUUUCCUGAAGGAAUUCUGCAUAUAGAGCCUACUGCAGAACGACUCGAAAUAGAAAGGGGUUCAAAGUGGGGCUCUCUAAAGGAAUUUCUCUUGAGUGGCCUGUCCUAACAAGGAGACUUCAAGAGAAACCAGUUAGCAUCAAUAAGCAACCUGCGUGUCAAAGUCUCCGGAAUAUGUACAGCGGAGGACAGGCAGGUGAAAGAGCCUUAGGUGACCCAGUAUUCAAGGUGGGUGAACUUCACCCAGAAGUAAGAUACAAAAAGCUUCUCUACAAGUGGCUCCAUUUGUCUAGACCUCAAUUCUUGCUAGAUGGGCUGAUGUACGUCUGGACAAAGAGUAUAACCACCAGGAAGGAUCUGUCUCCUAUUGAAAUUUGUCUUCUAC